UGCGUGCAGGACAAACAUUUUACCGGACAUGCAAGCCUCUCUCGACAUUGAGAGUGCUGCUGAAGAUGGACCUCUUUACGCGCUCUCUGUACCUGAGACUGGUGGAGGAGCCGAGAUAUGCCGACUAUGCCGCGGUCGAUGGUAACCUGAGCAACGCCACUGCCGUCAAGGAGUGCUCGUUGGCAGAGAAAGUAAACGCUGACAAGUCCAUUCCAGGGAUAUUGGGAAUGAACUUGGCCAUAUGGCUGGCUCUGCUACUGGUGUUCUGCCUUCUUUGUCACUUUCUUCCUGACUACUCCAGAGUUGGACUCCUCAUCAAUAGAAAAAGACGCUCUCUACUGAGGAAGAAGUUCAGUAGCAGACGAGACGAGCUGUUGGCCUCAGAGGAACUCAAGAGAGAAGAGGAGGAAGAGGAGGAGGAGAGCGACGGAGAUGACACAGAAUUGCUACUCAAUCCAGCCUAUGAUGAGCACUGGUAUUCAUGGAUCAUCCACUUUUUCAAAUUAAAUGACGAGACGAUCAGACGACGCUGCGGUCCAGACUCAGUCGUCUAUCUCUCCCUCGAACGACACAUCAUCCUUCUCCUCCUCAUCUUCUCCUUCCUCUCUCUGGUCGUCAUUCUGCCUGUCAACGUACAUGGAGAUCUUGACAAAGUUGGCUUUGCAAGCACCACAAUCAGCAACAUUGAUGCCAGAAACAGUGUGUUGUGGGUCCACACGUGUUUCUCCAUCCUCUACCUCAUCAUCACUGGAGUAUUCAUGAUCAAAUUCUCUCUCAAGCUUGGAAAAUUCCAGCAAGAUAUGUCCAGACAUACAGUAAUGAUUCGGUGGAUUCCGUCCAUUGUUCAUAGAGAAGAUAUCCUGCUUCAUUUCCAAGAAGCGAUGCCACAAGCACAAGUGUGCGAUCUCCAGUUUGCAUACGAUGUUUCCACUCUUACUAAACUCUCAAAGAAACUAGAUAAGGUCCAGGAGGAGCUGCAGAGUGUGGGGAGCGUGAAGGAGGAGCUGGGGGUUGUUCAGAGGAUAAGACCAGGAUGGACCAAGUUGCUCUUCUGGAGAGACGACUACCUGGUGGACGCUCAGACUCAUUAUGAGGCCAAGCGAGUGGAACUGACUCAGAAGAUUUCCACAGAGAACUCUCUGGUCAGAGGGAAGAGGCUGUCAAUUGGAUUUCUAAGUUUUACUACCGAGAGAGACACUCGCCAACUAGUUCUGUCGUAUAAGGCCUGCCGAGCCCGCCCCACCUCCUCCAUGUCUGAAGCUGUGUUGUCGUGGCGAUGGUUGGUGAGCAACGCCUCCUUUCCAUUGGACAUACAAUGGGAAAGUCUCCACAUACCGAGUUUCGUAUGGUGGCCGAGGUGGCUACUCAUCAAUAUCUUCCUGUGGUUGUUUCUGUGUUUCUUCACGACUGCUCCUGUGUUGCUGGCUGGAGUGAACCAGAUUAAAGUCAUCUUCCUCAACGUCACGGAAAGCGAGGACAAUUCUGAGGAUUUGGAAGAUGAACUGAACAGCGUGUCGCCUCUGAUCAAUAUCUACAUCUCAAACCUUCUCCUACUGGCCAUCGCCUCUCUUCUGGUGUUCUGUGUUUCAAAAUCACACAUCCUGGAAUGUCACUGGACACAGUCACGUAGAGAACAGGCAGUUAUGAGAAAGACGUUCAUCUUCUUGUUACUGAUGUUGAUCAUUCUACCAUCUGUGGGGCUUACCAGUGUCAGUGCAUUGGCACAGAGUGUGAUUAAAGACAGCAGUAGCCUUCAGUCGAAGCUCAAUUGUGUAUUCCUCCCUGGGAGCGGGGCUUUCUUUUUGGUCUACGUGCUCACGUCGGGAUUCAUAGGCACUGGGGUGGAGCUACUGAGGAUUCCAGAACUUGCAUACUACCUGUACUAUAGAGCUACUGCCAAGACCAGGUGGCAGAAGGAACAGGCCCUCAGAAAGGCUGGAGACUGGGAUUUCCUGUACGGUGUGCAGUAUGCCUGGCAUCUUGUCAUAUUCACUAUGGUCAUCACGUUCAGUGUGACCACGCCCAUUAUCACUCCUUUUGGUGUGCUAUACUUUAUCCUGCGUUACUUCACGGACAAGUACAGCAUAUACUACGUCUACAAACCUUCACCCUUCCAUGGCCGGCAGUUCCUGCAUCGUUCUGCCAUUAAUUUCGUCAUAGUCGGUGCCGUCUUUCUCCAGAUAUCAACGCUCUUCUUCUCUCUUGUUAGACUGGGUAAGCCUGAUGGCCGAAGCAUUGUGAUGAUAGUAGCACUGUUGGUGACUGUGAGUGCCUGCAUAGGGUUCAUGCUUUUUGGCUGGGUCUCUCACAUGCUCCCUCAACUUCGACUCAAGAUGGGACAGGAAUACCGUAUAUUUUCACAGACAAGAGAAGGUGGUGUGGGUCGUGAGAACACGGAGGAAAGAGUGAUGAAGGGAGCCUAUAUUCCUCCAGUGCUGAAAAGGUUCACUAUUGAUCCAGCAGUGGCCGGAGAUGAUUCAGUCAACGGCUACCAAUCAUUUGGCUGCACUGACAAGUUGGGUCGACUCAGUCCUCCCAGCAGCUCAUCGAGCUCUCCAAGAUCCACCACCAGUCCAGAAGCAGCCUCGCCCGAGAGAAAAUCCUCAGCAGCAACCAGACCAGCCACACAGGGAAGUGGUGGCUCCAUUGACUACAAUAGAUACUCUAGCGUUCGCAGACAGCGUGACAGUCAACCGCCUACUAGUGGUGUUCAGGUUAGCUCAAGGACGUUAAUGUCGGUCAACUCCCCUGUGGAGGACAUGCAGGACCCAAAAGAAGAGUGA